AUGCAAGCGGGCGACUUUGACUCCUCUGACGAAGACGCCGCUGAGGAGGACCUGAGGCCGCUCCCCAUCUCCUGGUUGUCUUUGUCUCCUGUCUACUCUUCUGAGUUCCUGGGAUUAUGUUCCCUUCCAGGUUGCAGGUUUAAGGAUGUUAGAAGAAACCUUCAGAAAGAUAUAGAAGAACUAAAGAACUAUGGGACCCAGGAUAUAUUUGUGCUUUGUACCAGAGGAGAGCUCUUAAAAUACCGAGUACCAAACCUUAUAGACACCUACCAACAGCAUGGGAUCUGUGUGCACCACUAUCCUAUUCCUGAUGGGGACGCUCCUGACAUUGCCAAGUGCUGCAAAAUUCUGGAAGAGCUCAGAAGCUGCCUGGAAAGUAACCGGAAAACAAUCAUACACUGUUACGGUGGCCUUGGACGCUCAUGUCUCAUAGCUGCGUGUCUCCUGCUUCAGCUUUCGGAUGCACUGGCACCUCAGCAAGCGAUAGACAGCCUCAGAAACUUGAGAGGAUCUGGGGCGAUACAGACCAUCAAGCAAUACAAUUACCUCCAUGACUUUCGAGAGAACCUAGCUGCACAUCUGGCAACAAAGGAUACAAUACUAAGAUCGGUAUCGCGAUAA